AUGGAGAUUCUCUUCGUUGGAUUCGCGACCCUCUUGGUCUCUUUGGUCACUCUCUUCAACCCUCUGGCUUUGGGUGGCCUGCAAGAGUACGACAUUCCCCUCCGCAUGGAUGCUGUUAGAGCUACGUUCGACCAGCUCGCCCUGAAAAUCAUGCCUCAGUACACCACUAUCGCGCCUGUGACCUCCUUCCCCUCGUACGCGGAAGAGACACUCAUGAGCAACUAUAUUCCCAUUACUGGUGCUGGUGAGACUUUUACAACUACUGUUACCGCUACCCCCACCGCGACCCCGACUGCCAUCUCCUUCAGCGGUCUAUCCUACGACCCUGAACUGAGCUUCCGGCAGAAUGUUACGAAAUGGCUUCAAUCCCCGAUCGACCUCCCGUCGUUGACUUGCAUCGCUGUUCUCUCGGUCUCCAUCUUCGUUGCCAUCCUCCAGUGGAAACAGCAUAGGAUGAGCAAGAAAGGCCAUACGAACCACCGCGAAGCUCCCGAGGCCAGUCUUCAAGAGUACCUCCAAUCCGUGAUCGAACAGAAGAACCUCGCCUUGCAGAAAAUGGACGAAGCCACCCGGGAACAGCAGCAGUUCAUCACCAUCCAGCUGGAGACGUUCAAGACGAAAAUGGACGAUCUGCAAACUGCUGCUGAGAAGACCGCCGAGGAUGUGAAACAGGCGCAUGGUCAGUUCCAGGAGAAAUUGACCGCCCUGAAUCCAGACGAGGAAUUGGACGUCCGACUGGAACAGAUUGAGGAGAACUUGGCUGAAGUGGAAACGGCUGCUGGCAAAGCCUUGAAGGACAUCAACCGGCAAGUAGCUGAGCUGCUCGAAGAGAAGACGGAGGACCUGGACUUCGAUGGGUUCCGAAGAAAUCUGAUUUCCGAGUUCGCGGGCUACUUGGCUGAAUUGAAGAGGACUACGAAUGAGGCCAUGGAAGAUGAAGUCAAGCAUCUGAAGGGCCAAUUCGAGGAGCAGGGUGCCGCCAUGAAUCUCCAGGCCGAUGAUCUGAAAUCCAAAAAGCAGGCGCUCGAUGCCAGCAUUAGACAGAUCCAGAAGACCGCCGACAAAGGCCUGGAGAACGAACUGAAGCGAGUACGCGACGACCUCGACAAGCGGAUCCGGAAAGUCAACGUGCAAGAGCGAGCCGACAGCCAGAUGUCUGCUUUCAUGGUGGACUUGGCCAAGGCGAAGAAGGGGUUCGAAGAAAGCGUGUCUGUCAAGGUCAAGGAACUGAAAGACAGCUUCUACGAACAGGUUCGCGCCGCGUUCAGGAACUUCUUCUCGAAGGAUGCGUUCGAACGGUUGGUCAAGGAGGUGGUGGCAGAGCAAGUACAAUCUGCCCUCUCUAAUCUGACCUCCGGCGAUCUCGCGUCCUUCAUCAAGCAGAAGCUUGAGGAAGAGGUGAAUGAGCGCGUGAAAUCUUCACCCCCAGCUCUUGUCACGACCGGUUCCGCGGCGUCAACUACUCGUCCCCAAGGCCAAGUGAGAGAGGCCCCCAAGUCAUUGGAAGGGCCCUCUCAAGGUGUGACUCUUGAGCACCAGCCUCGGAAGGACAGUUCGGCACCAUCGACAACGACUCGCCCUCAAGACAACGUGAAAGGGGCCCCUGAGACCGGCACUCCUUCGGCCUCCACCAACGUCAAGGUGGAAAAGAAGGUGCCCGAGGCUCAGAAGGGCCCCCAAGAAGUUGUCAAGGAGGCGACGCCGGCACCCGCUCCUACACCCUCGACGACGGCAACCCCCAGUGUGGGAGAGGCCCCCAAAUCGAAGGGGCCCUUCCAAGGCACUCAGAGCUCGCAGUGGGCGUCCCCGGCCCCUGGUAAAGGCAAGAAGAAGGGAAAGGCCCCCGCGUCUUCGGAUGGGCCUUCCCUCAGCCUCCAGGGUUCGAAGGGAGCAGCCCCUGCCAGCUCUGCAUCUUCGACGACGACCCCCUCGAGCAGCAAGGUAGAGGAUGUCCCCAAACCGAAGGGACAUCCUCAGAGCUCAACCUCCGCCCCUCCGACCAAGUCCGAUCCCGCUGUGCCCCCGAAACAGGAUAAGGGCAAGCAGCCUGAGAGGAAGGCGAAUACUAAGCCGGCCACUUCCACUGGCCAAGGUAUUGUAUGGUCCAAGGCUACGAAGUUUCCCCCUUCGGGCCCCUCUCAGGUGGAUGGACAGGUCGAUGGGGGUGUGAAAGAGCCCGCUGCUGAGGCGUCGUCGAAGGGCCAGACCACGGGGGAGGCCAAACAGUCCGGUGCGCCGCCAGCCCAGUCCGUUGGGGCUCAGGAUACCAGGGGGCAGAGAAAUGUAAAGAGCCCCUCCCCAGCCAAACCCACCCCACAGACGGAAGCUCACUCCCUGGCUGAAGCUAUUCAGGGUCUCCGACCGACCCCUUCGGCUGCCAACGUUCCUCCGCUAGCUGGAACGGACAUCAUCCCGCCCCCCUCGGUGCCAGAGGAGCAGAGUGCCAGCGGCAAGGAGUCUGAGGGGGCAACCAAGUCAACCGGGGCUCCCGAGCCUACCCCCGAGACCCCUGCGCCGCCGCCUGCGCCCAAGAGACCGCCCCCGCGGGCUGGUCUCGUGCAAGAGAACGUCGGCUUUAAGAAGGCGUUCGCUUCGCUGGGCAUGCAGCAGAAAUGGCCUCCUGCUCCCCGGUCGCCGAAGGGGGGACAGGGAUCGGCCCCGGUGAAGAGGGACCAGGCCCCUCCGAGUCCUGGCGCCGCAGUCUCCAAGGGAGACUCCAAGGUCUUGUCCCCCGUUGAGAAGGGACAGACCAAGGAGGCUCCCGGUGCUGCGGCGCCUAAGAAGGACGCGGCCAAAUCAGCGUCGUGGGCUGAUAUGGUCGAGGAGGGGCCUGCGAGUCCCCAACUUUCGCCGGGAGUCGGUCCCUCAACGGGGGCUGCUGAUGUCCGUCCGGCGAUCGAGAAGGGGCCUGUACCGAAGGCCCCCUCCGGAGUCGUCGGGCAGCCGAAGGGCGCAGCCCAAGCUGGGAGCGAUGCUCCCAUUCCCAGUCCCCCUGCGGACAAAAAGCCGGCGCCGGUGAAGGACGCCCCCAAGGCAGGAGACAAGAAGGUCUCCUCCGGACUGUCACAGUCCAAGUGGGCGGACGAACCGGCAGGCUCCGCAGGGAAGGGGGAGAAGAAAGUCUCCAAGGGAAUGGCGGCAUCGCGGUGGGCUUCCUAGGGGUGGAAGGGGAUAAAGAGGAGGACGGAGACGUGCUG